AUGACUGCUCUCAAGCACAAAGCACAUGAAUUUGGCAUCGAACUGCCUAUUCUUGAGGCUCAUGCAUUCUCUACUGCUGACGCUGGUCUGCAUGCUCCUCACUGGCCUUGGGAAACAAACUAUUGGUGGACAACAUUCGACCAUGCUUCUCUGCGUCGUGGUUACCAAGUCUAUCGUGAGAUCUGUGCUGCAUGCCAUUCCAUGGACUACAUCUAUUGGCGUAACUUGGUCGGUGUUACCCACACUGAAAACGAAGCCAAAGAAAUGGCUGCUGAAUACGAAUACAAGGAUGGUCCAGAUGACAAAGGAGAGUACUAUAUGCGUCCUGGAAAGCUGACUGACCCUAUGCCUCGACCAUACCCUAACGAAGAGUCUGCUCGUGUAGCUAACGCUGGUUCCUAUCCUCCUGAUCUUUCAUGUAUUGUCCGUGCUCGUCAUGGUGAUGCUGACUAUAUCAUGUCCUUGUUGCUUGGAUACUGCGAACCUCCUGCGGGUAUUUCUAUGCGCGAGGGUCUUCACUACAACCCAUACUUCCCAGGUGGUGCCAUUGGCAUGGCUCGCUCCAUCUACGACGAGGUUGUUGAUUACGAAGAUGGUACUCCCAACAACGCCUCUCAACUUGCCAAGGAUGUCACUACGUUCCUUACAUGGUCUUCUUAUCCAGAGCACGAUCAGCGUAAAAAGAUGGGUCUCAAGACCAUUGCCAUUGCUUCGACUAUUCUUUGUUUUGCAAUUUGGUGGAAGCGAUUCAAGUGGAGCCAUCUCAAGUCAAAAAAGAUUGUGUUCCAGCCUCAAAAGGUAUAG